AUGAAACUGAGCCAUGAGACAGUCACUAUCAAACUGAAAAAUGGCACCCAGGUCCACGGCACCAUCACAGUUGUAGAUGUAUGUAUGAACACCCACCUCAAAGCUGUGAAGAUGACACUGAAGAACAGGGAGCCAGUUCAGCUGGAGAGCCUGAGUACCUGUGGCAACAGCAUCCGCUACUUCAUCCUGCCAGACAGUCUUCCCCUGGACAUGCUGCUGGUGGACAUUGAGCCCAAAGUCAAGUCCAAGAAGAGGGAGGCUGUUGCUGGUCGUGGAAGAGGCCAAGGUCGGGGCAGGGGACGAGGCAGAGGGGGACCAAGGCAAUAA